UAUUAGUUUUUUGUGCGACCUACAUUAGCUCCAACUUCAAAGGAGAAGGCAGAACUUUUUUAUGAAAGGCUUGGUUGCUACGAGGACAAUGAAGAUGACGUAAUUGAUCAGAUUUCUUCAUUUUUAGUGGGUGAUGUCAUUCUACGUGAUCCACAGUGUUCUGCGCCACAUGUGGAGCCUCCAUCUUCGGGUUUGGAGCCUCCAUCUUCGGGUGUGGAGCCUCCAUCUUCGAAUAUGGAGCCUUCCCAAAUCAGUCCAAUUCGUCAAAUAUCAUACUUGCAUCCAUCUUCACAGCCUCCUUCUUCUUAUGAUGCUCGUAGUGAGUUAUUGGACUCAGUGAAGCGUUUGAUAGCCGACCAAGAAAAGUUGCACAAUGCAAGAUAUGAGGAGAUUGAACGUGUAAAUAAAGAAAGGCACGACGCAAUAAUGACAACCAUCGCCGACCAUGCUUACUUGAAUAGAGUGAGGCAUGAGACACUAUUAGAAAGAUUUGAUAUUUUGAUUGACAUCUUUCGACCUAUAGCUGCACAACUUUCUGGAGCUGGAGGAGAAAAGACUACAAAAGAUAACCAACAAGUAAAUUUUAUUUGCAAUAACUUUAAUAUAGCUAUUUUUAUUGUCAUCUAUAUUUUUAUUUAUAAUAAUAUGCCUUGUAACUUCAUGGUUGUAGGAUUCACCAUCUUAUGCACACUUUUUUGGAGAUGGAUUUGUAACACCUAUAGGAGAAAGGAACAUGGAGGGUGGCCAAGCCUCCACGCCUGUAGGAGAGAAGAUGGUUGAGAAUACAGCAUCUGGUUUUCCUACACAAUCUGCAGAAAACGAAGUCACCACACAAUCUCAUAUGUCUGCAAAUUCCUAUGAGACACCGCCAUCCAUUAUUUAUGAAGGAAUUACUAAUGAAGAGCCUGGUGACGAGGUAGAACAAAUCGUUCGAGAUGGUCGACCGUUGAGGUUAAGAAAACGAGCCCCAAGCUUGAAAUCACCAUUUACACCGUGGCCGAGGAAACAUCGAUACUCUAAGUUAGAACCUCCUAUUUUCGACCCUUUUAGGCAACCUAUUGAAGAUGAUGUGCAAGCAUUCUUUAGGUGGUACAAUGGCGAUACAGGUGGUACAAGUUAUAUUCGUUGUGGCCAGAUGUCACAUGACAGAAGAUUUUUUGAGAUAUUGUUGGCAAAGCAACGAUAUAUUGAUAGUGAGCAUGUCGAUGAAAUUACCUAUUUAUUUAGAAAAAGAAUGGAUAAAUUUCAUAAUAUCUUUCCAAAAGAUAUAUGCAUAUUGACUGAUGAGUUUGGACAACAUGUGCGUGCACUAUACCACGCGUCUCGACAGGAAAAUAGUAAUGUAUGUAAAAAAACUCCAGAGCUAAUGUUGUUUGUUGAUGGAAUCAGACCAGUUAGGGCAAGAGUUUGGUCGGACGUCAAUUACUUCUAUGUGCCUUGGAAUGACGGUGAACAACACUGGAUGUUAGUGGUAAUUGACAUCUGUAACUGGACGAUAUGGAUUUAUGACUCGAUUCCAAGUCACUGGAUCUCUAUAGAGGCCAUGAAAAAAUCUGUGCAACCACUUGCAGAAUAUUUUCCUUUUUUACUUCAAGGCAGUGGUCAUUUUGAAAACUUACGUCAUCAGUGCAAUCGUCACAUGAAUAUAAAAGUAGCCCCUGCAGAUACUGUUCCUCUUAACAAGAGAACCGGAGAUUGUGGUAUAUUCAUGCUUAAGACAAUGGAAAUGCACAUUGCCGAUAAGUGUGACAAGUCAGCUACAUUGGUGCUCAACGACAACAACAUAGAUACAUUCAGACAGGCAUAUGCAGUUCAAUUAUAUGUGGGUAGUGCGGAUCCUUAGCUAGCUAGAUAUACAUAGUUUCUAAUUUUUGUAUACUUUUUGUGGGAAAAAUGACUUUAAAAGACCUUAAUAUAGUAUAUACGGCCAUCAUGGUCUUUUGGGUUC